ACGUGAUUCAUAUAGAUGUAAACUAACCUAGCUAAAAGAGGAAGUGAAGACGUUUAAUAUCGCAGUCUUUUUUGACUAGAGAUGUCUUGGUUGUGGAAUGCAUUUGAUUAUGUUCCAGUAGUCGGUACUGUAAAAAAUGGAGCAGAAGCUGUCGUCUCUCUUAUAGAUGGUGACAAGCAAGGAGCAGCCAUUAAAGGAACUCAAGCUUUGAUUGGUGGUACGCUUGACGUUCUAACAUUCGGAACUUCUGGAGCUAUUAGUAAGCUUGCUAUUAAAGAGAUGGCUAAACAAUCGGGCAAGGCAGUAGCGAAGAAUGUUGCUGGAAAAGUAGCUGCAGAAGCUGUUGUCAAUGUAGGCGGUAGGAUGGCAUAUUCGAAGUUAUCUGAAAUUAAGAGAAGAACACCAUGGCAUAUCGAACCAGACAACAGCCAAAUGCAAAGACCAGCACGUAGGGGAGAACAUGUGAUCAACAACAACGUUCUUAGGGUGUAUAGAGAUAUUAUUGAUGGCUUUGUUGGCGAUGUCACAGGCAUGGAUAUUCAAAGUCUUGUGGACACUGGAAGAUUAAGUUCGGAUUCACGUAUAGUGCAGGCAUAUUAUCAGCCUCUGCCCGAAGAGUUCAUGGAUCUCAUACGAAAUCGCAUGGUUGUACACGUAGAUGAAGACUAUCUAGAUAAGAAUUCUAUAAAUUAUGGCCAACAGAUAGAAAUAUUACGAGGUAGUGUUGGCAUGUAUAUGAGGUCUAUCUAUGAAAAUCUGACAUCAAAAGAUAGACUAGAUUCGAAUUCCGUUGGUAUCUCCUCCUGGGAGAGGCAAAUCAGAACAAUUGUAGAGGAUUUUAUCGCUGGUAAUUAUUUUGUAGACGAACAAGCUUUGGAAAUAUGGUUACGGAAACGAGGUAAUGAUCAGAAUACCUAUGAUGGAGGUCACCGUGAAGUUGUAAAAAUGUUUCGACGUCUGAUCUAUGAUGGAACCAACGAUGACGUCAUUCAAUGGGUGAACGAGCUUGUUGAUGCAUCAAAACGCUAAGACAAAAUAAACACGUUUUAUAGAGACUUAAUUAAUUUAUUGGGUUCAUAUAGAUACAGUUUACAUGACUAUUUCAAACUUUAAAUAAAAAAUCUUCGAAUUACAA